AUGUCAGAGUAUUAUCAGCUCAACUACCAACUCAACAACGAUCCAGACAACUAUCUUCUGGAAUUUCACCCUUCGGGACCCAGCUUUAACCACUACCGCCGAGAGCUUCGCAGGAUCCAGAACGAGAACAAGCCACCAUACGCAGAGACGGAAAACGGGCUCUCAGAGGACGACUCUACUCCUGAGCCCUACUCUCCACCCUCCACCUCCCCUUCUCCCCCCUCCAGCGUUGCCACCAUGGACCUCGAAAUCAUGGACAUGGGCAGAGAUGUCGACGAAACACCGGUUCAUACGCCGGUACAGCGGCGGGCCAGGAGUCUCGAACCCUCCAUCAGUCGUCUAUCCAUGAACACGCCCAACGAGCGUUAUCGCCAGAAUCCCCAUUACCCCCAUUCCUCCAUCAACACCCCGGCUCCUCCCACUCCUCAUGCCAUGGCCGCUCGCAGAGCCCUUGAAGACCGCCGCAUGGCCAUGUUUACGCCAGGUCGAACCCGUCGCCAGAGCCUCAGAGAGCAAAGGGAGACGCCCAUGCUGAUCCUACGCAACCUUGGUCGGGCUCUGGCUCCCACCAGCAAAGCCAUUGAUUCUUCCUCCUCUCCUGAAAAGCCCUCCCCUAAUGGCAUUGGCAACAGAGGAGCCAGCGGCAGCGCAAGGAGCGCUGGUCGACGCAAUAGCGACGAUGACGACGAGCUUCCUAUUGAUAGGCCCCGACUGUCCUUGCCCAUUGACGAAGGCUCUUCAGAUGACUUGCAGCCUCCUCACUCUUCCAUCUUGGACGACCCGUCGAACAUUACCGUCCAGUCUGUCGAGCUGCCUCGUCGAGCCACCAGCGAGGGUCCGCCAAGGCGCAGCUUUGGCUAUCUGGGAGACAGCGACGUCACUCCGUGGGACGACAUCUAUGGAAAUGAUGAUACCAACCCUGAUCCCUUUGCGUAUCCUCCUGGCAUCGCGCCUCAUGCUCCUACAGACCCUGAAAUUGCGGACCUUCAAUUUCCCCCUGGGGUUGGUCGUGAAAGUGACUUUAGCCUUGACAUGCCAUCGGGUCUGAGCGACAAUGAGCAGACCACCACCUUCUAUAUGAGGUCUCCUGUCGUUGACACCGUUGAAGCUGUCCCAGAGGAUGAGGAUGCUUCUAGUUCCAGCAGUGAUUCCGAUGACGUCCCGCUCAUGGAGGGGCGACAAUCCGAAAAGGAUAGGCUGCUAGAGCAGGCCACAGAGCCAGAAGAACAACAAGGCGAGCAACCACUUGAGCAACCAUCUGAACUGCUAGACGUCGGGUUCCCCGACCUGGGCGACUUUGAGCACGUGCCAGAUCUUGGUGAUGCGGAGAUGGACGCUCUCACUCGCUAUGACCCAGAGACUUUUGCCCAAGAUCCGGUGAGGCCCGGGGAUGAGUGGAUCGGAUACCCUCCAGGUCGACCCAGGAAGAGGAGAAGAGAGGACGAUGAGAGUUCCCGAGCGGCCGAGGCAGAGGCCGAAGCUCAAGCUCAAGCUCAUGCUCAAGCAGAGGCCCGGGCCCAGGCCCAAGCACGGGCACGGGCACGAGCACAAGCACAAGCACAGGUCAGAGUCUCGGCGCACAAUAUCCAGUAUCCUCCGGUGACAAACCUUUUUGUGCGACAGGUUGUUCAACAUGCCGCGCAGAACUCGGCUCUGGGCCACCAGAGACUGGCUGCAGAUGCUCUAGAGACCUUUUCUCGCGCCUCGGAAUGGUUCUUCCGACAGCUCGGUGACGAUCUCCGUGCUUACGCCGGACAUGCCAGACGUAGCAUGGUAGAGGAGCGUGACCUUGUUGCUCUGAUGCAUAGACAACGCGUCAUUAACGCUGAACAAUCUCUCUUCCACCUGGCCAGCCACAACCUUCCGCGGGAGCUUCAGCAGCUGCUGAGAAGCAACAACCCCGGAUACCAGCCCGCGUAUCCCGUCGCCCAACAGUCAGGCAUUCAACUUCAACAACCUCUCGUCAAUGCUCAGUCAGAAACUGUCACUGGCCUUCGCCCGUUUGUUCCGAACCCCCCUUCUCCUUCUCACGCAGGUGAAAAGCGCAAGCGAGAUGAGGAUGACGAUGGCGAAUCUGAUAACGAGUCCUUGGUGUUCCCUGAGGAUGAUGAUUAUUGA